AUGAUCGAAAUUAAGGAUGCUCAGGUAAAAAUCAUGAUGAAUGUGUCGUUGCUCAAAAGUCACUGGACGAAGACAAGAAGCGACUUGAGACGUAUUUGGCUAGAUGAAAGUAGGCUGUCGUGGACGCCAGUUGUGAAUCGGCAUUCAAAGGAGUACAGUGAACGAUCGCCAUACCCGCUGCGUCUUCUUACAUCUCCAUUCCGACUGAGAGUGCCACCUAACAGUCAUAUCUUGGGGCGCGCAGAUGUCGAAAGGCAGACGCAUAAGGAGCAAAAGGUUUUUCAAAACCGACGGAUUAAGAACGGUAAGGCGCGUCGAAAAGCAUGUCUAGAAAAAGGGCGCUCAGCUGCCACUUCGGGUGAAGAAAAAGAGGCAACAGUCAUUCCGAAAAGUACAUGCCGAGCAGAGCCAGCUCGAAGAAGGAUGCCGAAUAAAAGUCAGUCUGGUCGACCAUCAAGGAAAAACGAGUCGAGAAAAGCUGCUGUGCGUGAGCAGUGCGCUUUCCCAUCGUCAGAUAGCGACCUAUCGGGCAAGAUCUUACAAAACUUAUGA